GUCAGUUGCAAUUCUCUACUCGCUGCCGUCGACCAUGAAGAAACUAAUAUUAUUUGUUGCCCUCGUUGGAUACGCUCAGGCACUUUCCUACUCCGAUGUACUGGAGGAAAAAUGGAAUCGUUUUCAACUCGAUUACACUAAGUUCUAUGAGACUGAAGAUGAAUCAUUGCUGCGCAGACGGAUUUUCGAAGACAACAAACGGAUGAUCGACAAUCACAACAGAAGAUUUAUGGCCGGAAAGGAGAGCUACGAAAUGGGCGUCAAUCAGUUCACGGAUUUACUACCUAAGGAGUUCGAAAGUCUAAUGCUAAGUUCAAUAAACAUUACGGAGGCAGAAGGUCUCAUCGACUUUAGAUACACUGCUCCGAGAGACGUAGUUUCGCCGAGGAGCAUUGAUUGGCGCACCAAGGGCGCAGUAACGAGAGUGAAGAAUCAGGGGAGAUGUGGAUCAUGCUGGGCAUUUGCGACAACGGGCACGCUAGAGGGUCAGACCUUUGUGAAGACAGGUCGGUUGGUCUCGCUUUCUGAACAGAAUCUGAUGGACUGCUCGAAUCGUCAUCCAUACAACAAUAAAGGCUGCGCCGGUGGCUCGACAUCGAGGGCUCUAAAUUAUAUUAAGGACAAUGGUGGCAUUAAUACGGAGUCUUCAUAUCCCUACAAGGGCACAAUGCAGAAAUGUCGAUACGACAGACGGUACAUUGGAGCCACUGUUAAAGGUCGUUCCAUGGUAGAAGGCAAGAGUGAAAAGAAUCUGGCAGCUGUAACGGCAUUCCAUGGUCCCGUUGCAGUAGCUGUUGACGGCAAAGGCAUGCAGAGUUAUAAAGGCGGAGUUUACAAUAAUCCAAAUUGUUCAAAAACAAAAUUGAAUCAUGCGAUAGUUGUUGUUGGCUAUGGGCACGAUAAAAGAGGUGGCGAUUACUGGCUGGUUAAGAAUUCCUGGGGCACAACUUGGGGUGAACGCGGUUACAUUCGUAUGGCUCGUAAUAGAAACAAUCAAUGUGGGAUUGUAAGCUUUGCUGUCUUUCCGUUGGUGUGAAUUUAAUCAGCUUUUUAUACCUGCUAUCUAUAAGGUGUAAGGGUAUAAUAACUUUGUCUGUAUGCAAACUUUAAUUAAAGAGUGUCAUUGGGCUUUCAGCUA